AUGACUUCUUUCAAAUACGACCAGUUUGUGGCCUUCGGGUCCGACAGUGCCGGACUCGAGCGCAUCCUUCGCGGCCUCCAAUCCCUCACUUUAAUCUUUGGCGCAUACCCAUCCCUCGUCUCCCUCGUUCUCCUGGCCUCAGACUCGCCCCUCCUCGAGGCCCUCGGCCCGUUGAAAGGCCACCUGAACCUAACCCGCCGCUUCAUCCGCUUCUUCUGGUUCCUCAACUCUUUCGGCACAUCGUACAACCUCUACUCUUCCAUAUCAUUGUCGCAAACCACACAUGGCUCUCAGAAAAAGAAAGGCGUCGGUCUGGAAACCUGGCUUGACAUUCUGAGGUUCACGCUCCUUGGCAUCUACGGCGGCCUCGAGUCCCUGACGCUGCCAGACCUCUUGGGCGUUCCGCAGAUCGAGAUCUUUGGCGCGGAGCGCACGAGGACGCUUAAUAUCGAGGCGCAACGAUUCUGGCUGCUCGCGUUGGUGUUGGGAGUGGUUGCCAACUUGACAAGGAUGUUGAAAGCGUUUGCAUAUGCGCCUGUGCCGCAGCAUGGUCAUGGGUAUGGAACUGGCGAACAGACUCAGCAGAAGGCUGGAGACAAAGAAAGCACCGGUGAAGAGAAGAAGGACGACGAUGGCGAGGAGAAGCUUGAUUGGCAAGCUGAGCGUGCUCGUCUCAGGGCUAUCGUGGCCAAGAGACGGGAGGAGAGGAAGAGGUGGAGAAGGAAUGUGGCCGUCCAGGUCAAGUCUCUGGGACGUAAAGUCUUCUCGGACUCGUUGGAUUGUCUCAUUCCCGGUGUCAUUUUGGGUUGGGUGAAUUUGCAGCCGGGUACCGUAGGAGUUGCCAUGCUCAUCACGACUGUCCUGACGAGCAGAGACAUCUGGGAGAGGUGCGGUGCUACAGUCACGAUGAAGAGGGCUUCUCAAAACAGUACAUAG